UGGUGAUGCUGACGUUGGCCUUUCUCUUUCCCCCGGGUACGCCGCCCUCACCUAGGCUCUCGCACAAAGCCUAAAGUUCCAUCAGUCCCAUCCCCGGAGAAGAGAGCGACCAGACCAGCCGAUCGACCCCAAAACCUCUCUCGAUUCGAGGCCGCCCUCCGCUCCACUGGGCCGGCGCCUUCCUCUGUCCGGGCGGGGGCGGCUGACCACGCGAUUUAGCCAGUGAAAAUGGAUGGGAACACCAGAGGAGGCGGACAUUCUGAAGCAUUGAAGAACUACAAUGUGGGCAAAACAUUAGGUCAUGGCACAUUCGGAAAAGUGAUGAUUGCAGAGCAUAAGCUUACAGGACAGAAAGUUGCUAUAAAGAUUCUGAACCGUCGUCAAAUGGAAAUUAUGGAAAUGGAAGAGAAAGCAAAGAGAGAAAUCAAGAUAUUGAGGUUGUUCAUUGACUUAAUUCACCCUCAUAUCAUCCGGGUUUAUGAGGUCAUUGAGACACCUAAGGAUAUAUUUGUUGUGAUGGAAUAUUGCCAGAAUGGUGAGUUAUUGGAUUACAUUGUUGAGAAAGGGCGGUUACAGGAAGAUGAAGCUCGUCGAAUCUUCCAGCAGAUUAUAUCUGGUGUUGAAUACUGCCACAGAAACAUGGUUGUUCAUCGUGAUCUAAAGCCAGAAAACUUGUUACUUGAUUCUAAAUAUAAUGUGAAACUUGUUGACUUUGGGUUAAGUAAUGUGAUGCAUGAUGGCCAUUUUUUGAAGACUAGAUGCGGGAGUCUAAACUAUGCUGCACCAGAGGUAUUCACUUAUUUGUAUUAUUUGACUCCUUAUCCUCAUACUUCUUCGCACACAUCGUCUGCGGUAAUAGCUUUAACCAGGAUCUCUGCGCAGCUUAUCUCAGGUAACUUGUACGCUGGACCUGAGGUUGAUGUCUGGAGCUGUGGGGUGAUACUUUAUGCUCUUCUUUGUGGCAGAGUUCCAUUUGAGGAUGACAAUAUUCCCAACCUGUUCAAAAAGAUAAAGGGAGGUUUCUAUAUCCUUCCAAGUUAUUUAUCUGAUCUUGCAAUGGAUUUGAUCCCAAGAAUACUUAUUGUUGAUCCCAUAAAGAGAAUCACAAUUCGUGGAAUUCGGGACCACCCAUGGUUUCAGAAUCGCCUUCCUCGCUCCCUGGCAGUGACUCCACCAAACACGCCACAACAAGCCAAAAUGAUUGAUGAAAAAACACUUCAAGACGUUGUCAAUCUGGGAUAUGAUAAAUAUCAUGUGGGUGGUUCGCUGUGUAAUAGGCUGCAAAAUGAGGCAACUGUUGCAUAUUACUUGCUCUUGGACAAUCGGUUCCGGGCUACUAGUGGCUAUUUGGGGGCUGACUAUCAACAACCAAUGGAUAGGAGUUUUAAUCAGAUUACUUUAUCGGAAUCAGCAAGGCCUAGUACCAAGAAUUAUCUUCUAGGAAGCAAUGGUUCUCAAGGCAGUGGCUUGCGGCCAUAUUACCCCGUUCAAAGGAAAUGGGCUCUUGGCCUCCAGUCUCCAGCUCACCCUCGUGAUAUAAUGAUUGAGGUUCUAAAGGCACUUCAGGAACUAAAUGUCCGCUGGAAGAAGAAUGGAGACCACAACAUGAAAUGCAGGUGGUGCCCUGGGUUUCCUCAGGUCAGUGAUAUGUUAGAUGCCAACCACAGCUUUGUUGAUGGCUCUACCAUCAUGGAUAUUGGCGAUGCUAAUGGGAGGCUACCUACUGUGAUCAAGUUUGAAAUCCAGCUUUACAAGACCAAGGAUGACAAGUACCUGCUCGACAUGCAGAGAGUCACUGGACCCCAGCUCCUCUUCCUGGAAUUUUGUGCGGCCUUCCUUACCAACCUUAGGGUUCUAUAGUGCUUGUUUUGGUUGAGUGGUGAAUAGCAGAACAUAUGACUGUCCUGUGCGGUGCGUUUCAUUGUCGCAAUGGUGAAUAAGUGAUGGUGUGUAAGUAUGUAGGUUGUGCGUUUCAUCUUCGGUUUACCCAGUCCCUGACAGUGAACCAUGCUUGUUUUUUUUAAACAUAAAGACUUUAUCCAGAUUAGGUGCAUUUUACAGAAAGAACCGUGCUUGUUUGAGUGACUAGUCCUGUGUCAAGCACCAAAAAGUUGUGGUUGUUAUAAAUAAGAUUUAUAUGGUAAAUAGGUUGUGGUGAA